AUGGCCGAAGAGCUCGACGUGCUCAUCCUCGGCGCCGGCCUCUCAGGUAUCAACGCGGCGUACCGCGUGCGUACGGAGCUGCCGAAUGCGUCUCUCGCGGUGCUCGAAGGCCGCGACAUUCUCGGCGGCACGUGGUCCUUCUGGAAGUACCCCGGGUUCCGCUGCGACGCGGCCAUGACCAACUUUGGCUUCCACUGGCACCCGUGGACGCAUGAGCGCAAGAUCAUCGAGGGCGAGCGCAUCAUCGAGUACGUCGAGGACGCCGUGCGCACCCACGGCAUCGACAAGCACAUUCGCUUCGGCCACCGCAUCCUCUCCGCCGACUGGGACUCGGCGACGGCGCGGUGGACCGUCGAGGUCGACCACGGCGGCCAGCGAAAGCGCUUCCGUGCCGCCUUCAUGCUGCUCUGCACCGGCUACUACUCGUACGACCGCGCCCUCGAGGCCGCCAUCCCGGGCCUCGACGCCUUUGCGGGCACCGUCGCCCACCCGCAGUGGUGGCCCGAGGACCUCGACUACGCCGGCAAACACGUCGUCAUUGUCGGCUCCGGCGCCACCACCUGGACCCUGUUCCCGACCAUGGCCGAGACGGCGGCGUCCGUCACGGUCCUGCAGCGCAGCCCGUCGAUGACCUCCUCGAGGGCCUCUUCGUCGGCAUCCCUGGUGAACGUCCUCUUGUGCGGCGAUCAUGUGUCCUGCGCAGCACGCGAGCCAGCAGGUGUCUGGGACAAGAUCGACGUGCGCUAUGAUCAGUCUAACACGCCUGGCGGCUGGGAAUCUUGA